AUGUCAAAAAGAACUCAAAGAGUCAAAGUAGUGGGUUCUUCUAAAACCAUUAUUAAAGCAUUUGGAAAUGAUUUUAUAAUUUUAAAUAAAGAAACAGUUCAAAAGCUUUAUAUUUAUAUUUAUUCACAAUUAAACAACAAAAAUAAUAAGAAGAAUGUCAAUUCCGUAUAUGAAGAAUGGAUAAAAAAUUUUAAUAUUUCUUAUGGUUUUAGUAACAAGUAUAGAGUAGCCUAUUUAUCUGGUCGUAUUGCUCCACCUAGAUCAUUCGCAAAAGAUCCAUCAAGAAUUUUAGUUAAUGACGAAGAUUUCAAAACAGUUAUAGAUUCAAUGUAUAAAAGUAUUGGCAAUAAAUCAACAAAACCAGCAAAACUUCAAAAGGUAUUUGCCAGUUCACCAUAUGGUUGGUUUACCUGUAAAAAAAGUUGUAGAGAGUAUUUUGAAUCAAUAUCAGAUAACAAACGUUAUGAUUCAGAUGGUUCUGAUGAUUCAGAUGAUUCAGAUGACUCGGAUGGUGAACAUGAAGAAGAUGACCAACAAAAAAAAAAUAUUAUUACUAAUGAAUUUUAUUACGAUAGUGAUGCGGAUUUUUUUAAAAGUGAUAGCGAAGAUAGUAGUAAUGAAAGUAUUUUCAAUAAUGGUAUAAAAAAUCCAAGUUUUAAAAGGGCACCCAGCAAAUCGCCAAAAAUUAGUGAAACCACACAAACUAAAAAAAGAAAUAAUAGUUACGAUGAAGAUUUCACUGCUCAACCACAUCUCACAGCAACAACAACAACAACAACAACAACAACAGCAACAACUAAUGAUGAGAAGGAUAUUCCGUCUUUUGGUAUUGAAAAUCCAAAGAGAAAAAUAAAAAAAACAACUUUAAUGUCUGAAACAAUACCAAAUACAGCAAGUAAAAAUCCAAACUCACCACCAACUCCACAACCAACUCCACAACCAACUCCACAACCAACUCCACAACCAACUCCACAACCAACUCCACAACCAACUUCUACCACUAAUAUUGCUGCUACCAGUGCUCCUUUUUCUAAUACUAAUGCUGCUUUUUCUAAUACAAAUGCCGCCUCUUCUAAUACUUAUACCACAAGUACUACUAAUAAUAUUGCUACUACCAGUACUGCUUUUUCUAAUACCAAUGCUGCUUUUUCUAAUACCAAUGCCAAUUUUUCUAAUAACACUGCUACUUCUUCUAAUACCAAUGCUGCUUUUUCUAAUAUCAAUGCUGCUUCUUCUAAUAUCAAUGCUGCUUUUUCUAAUAUCAAUUCCGAUUUUUCUAAUAACACCACUACUACUACAAAAAAUACAGAUUUACAUCCAUCAUUUGUUAAUAGAGAAAUAGUAAAUCCAUCUAUAAACACAGGUUCAUUAUCAUCAUCAUCAUCAUCAUCAUCAGCAGCAGCAGCAGCAGUAGGAGAAGAAGCGUUAAAUAUAGCAUCUUUAAAAAAAGAUUUAAAAGCACUUGAAAAUAAAGUGUCAUUGAUGUAUGAAACAUUGACAUUUUUUAUUAAUAAUACCACGGCUGUUAGUGGAGAAGCUAAUAAAAAAUUGGAUAAAAUCAAAUUUUAA